AUGAUACGUGAAUUGAUAGUGUGUGUGCUGGAAGGAAGGGAUAUUGAUGUUAAGGAUUUGCCGAUGGAUAUGGCUGAUGUUGACGAAAGCUUGAAUGAUAUGGAAAUUGAUGAUAUUCUAGAAUGUGUUAUUUCUUAUAUACAUGGAGUAUCAAGCGAUCGAGCGGGAAGGAAAGAAGAUGCAUUAAGGCUUUUUAAUGAAUACUGUGCAGAUUGUGAAUAUCUGAAGUUGGUUUGUAAAGAAACGAUAGAGAUGUGCAGGAAGAAGGAGCGAGAGGGAAGAAUAAGGAUACAGAAUAAGAUGAGGGAGUUUAGAUUUGAGGUGAUUGACUGGGAGGAUAGGGAGUGGGUGAUGAAGCUUAUUGAGUAUUUUUAUGUGAUGGGGAUGAAGAAUGUCGAGCAUCUGAAUGCUGAGAUUGAAUUGCUUGAGAAGAGUGAUGAGUGCAGAGCAAGUAAUCAAUCAGGCAUUGAAUGUGUAAGGAUUGAUGAAUCUGGAAGAGCUGAAAACAUGCUUGUGCGCAGGAACAAGCCGACUAUGAGCCUUGAUGAAUUUGCAGACAAGUUAAUGGCUAGCAUGAAAAACGAAGUCAAAGUUAUUGAUGAUACAGAGCCAGAAGAGAAGUAUACAAGAAAUGAACUGAUUAUGAAGGACAAUGAAAGGGAUUGGAGAGGAUCAAACCGAGGAAACACAAUAGGAAUGGGAUGA